AUGGAUGCCCCCAUGAUGUAUACCACCUUGAUGGAUGCCCACCAUGAUGGAUGCCACCAUGAUGGGUGCCCCAAUGAUGGAUGCCCCCAUGAUAAAUACCCCGAUGAUGGAUGUCCCCAUGAUGGAUGCCCCAAUGAUGGAUGCCCCCAUGAUAAAUACCCCCAUGAUGGAUGUCCCCAUGAUGGAUGCCCCAAUGAUGGAUGCCCCCAUGAUAAAUACCCCAUGAUGGAUGUCCCCAUGACGGAUGCCCCUAUGAUGGAUGCCCCAAUGAUGGAUGCCCCCAUGAUAAAUAUCCCCAUGAUGGAUGCCCCCAUGAUAAAUACCCCCAUGAUGGAUGUCCCCAUGAUGGAUGCCCCCAUGAUGGAUGCCCCCAUGAUGGAUACCCACCAUGAUGGAUGCCCCCAUGAUGGAUGCCACCAUGAUGGAUGCCCCCAUGAUGGAUACCCACCAUGA